AUCGUAAUGCCGCGUUUACGCGGCGACUCGGUUACAAGGAAGACUGGACAGCCGGGCGUGCGCCACCCUUGGGACCCGCGGAUAACACGCCUCACGAAAUUUCAACGAAUUCCCGCUUAAUCGAAUUAACCGGUGACCUCGAGACCCCUCCUUAACAUUUUUUCCCCGUUUCCUUUUCUUUCCUUUUCUUUCCUUUUCUUUCCUUUCCUAUUUUAUUUCCCUCCGUGCCUGACGCUCGACGAAAACGUACAUGCUCUCCUACGAGAGAGGGUGUGUAACGUUACGAACCACGAGUAUAAUCAACUAUCGACCUAUACACGGUUCACGGAUGAAUUUAUCGCGUAACCAAUAUAUAACCGGUUACUUCCAGUUUUCACUGUAGUUUUCGUUUCGAACGAUCGUCGGGGAAACGUUGUUUCAUUUUUUCAGACUCGAAUUAGAAUGAACGUUAACGACAGUUUGGAACAUCGAAAAAUCAAGUAAAUAGAUGAAAAUGUAUCGACCAGAGUUUUGAAGAAAUCAUCAGUAUGGAGGAUCUAAAAUUUAAAUUCUUUGGCCUUAUUAACAAGCAGAAUGUAGCCAAAGUUCCACAUAUGGGAUUACAUUCGGACUUCCUCAAUCCUUCAGAACCACAGAAAUUGGAGGAUAUACAAUUCGAAGCUAAUCAAUCAACGCAAAAUGAACCAAUCCCUAAUGAAGAGAUAUUAGAAUCUAUAGAAGAAAUUUAUUUUAAUAUGGAUCAUACUUUUGAUUCCUGUAAAUACGAAUUAGAAAAAUUACCAAAAGUAUUGCAAUCUAAAGAGAUCGAGGAGAGUUACAAGAAACUUAAACAGCAACAUCAAGUCGUAUCCAGGAAAGUCUUACAACUUAUUUUGGAAAAACAAGAUGCCUGUAAGAAGGAAUUUGAGGAAAUUUUAUUGAUACAAGAACAACUACAAGACGUGUUAGAGAUCUGUAGAAUGGGACGGUCGGAUUUAAAAUUAGCAGAGAAGCAAUUUACAACAGCCAGCUUAGGGAUAUUAGCAAAUUACCAAAAACGACAAAUUGUAAAAGAAUUGUUGAAUAACUUGAACACUAUAAAAACAUUGCAACGUACAGGAGAUCGAUUACAGGAACUUCUCAAUGAAAAGAAUUAUCCCAGAGCAAUCUCGUUGCUCUUAGAAUGCCAGAGUGCUGCGCAAACGUACAAACAUUUUCAUUGUAUUGCUGCUUUAAAUGGAAAACUACAGGAUAUAUUGGAACAAGCGGAAGUAGCAUUGGAUGUUACACUUUCAAAAAUGUGUACACAAUUCAAUGUAGAAACAUACACAUCCGUGCAAGAAGCUUACGCGCUUUUAGGAAAAACUCAAUCUGCAAUGGACCAGUUGCAUAUGCAUUUUACAGCUGCAGUUCACAAUACCGCCUUUGCAGCUGUUCAUUCGUAUGUGGGUGGGGAUACAAAGAAGCAGUAUAAACAACUCUGUCAAUUGGUACCUCGUGAAAAUUGUAUCACCUGCUUAACUGAACUGUGUAAAUCUCUAUGGACAAUAUUAAGCUCCUACUACUUAGUAGUAAAUUGGCAUAAUACGCAAGAGGGUAAAGUUAAGUUUGAUACCGAUUCUAAAGAUUUAGAAGACACUUCUAGCAAGGAAUACGUAAAGCAUAAGUUAGGAACCAGUAUGAUUCGAAUAUGGCAUGAUGUUGAAAUGAAAAUAUCAAUAUUUUUAAUGAACACUGAUUUAACUUACAUCAAAUUUGAACAGUUUGUUCAAGUUCUAGGUAUAGUUAACAGAUUAAUAGAAAUCGGAGAAGAAUUGUGUGGUUUCAAGUCCGAGAAUUUACAAGAAUCUAUAAGAAAACAAUCAUUAUCAUACUUUUCUCACUAUCAUGCAUCAAGGCUAGACGAACUUAGAAUGUUUUUAGAAAACGAUGGAUGGGAAUUAUGUCCUGUUAAGUCCAACUUCGUAGCGACGCAACUACAAGAAUUCAAAAGCUUAAAACCAUCGUUGAAUAUUUGCAAAGUAUGGAACAAUUCAGACAAUUCCAAUGUCAGUGAGAAUGAUAAUCUGUUGGGUACAGAGUGGGUACAAAAAUAUUUGGAAGAAGGUGUGUCUCCGUUUUCCAUAGGAUUAGAUGAUACUAUGGAUGAAGAUAUUUUGAUAAACAGCGAGGAAAAUCCGACUGCAUAUUUUUCCGACGAAUCUGACGAUGACAUCCCAGAUGAAUUGAAACACGAAUACGUUGACGAUUCUGAUUAUGCUAAGACGAAUAAGAAAAAAUAUAAACAGAAACAAUUGGGACCUAUGAUUACGAAUACUACACUAAGUAUAUUACGUGUUUCUGGGAAAUAUUUACAGAUGUCUAGACUUCUACGUUCAAUCGCAGUUACCGUUAUACAAAGCAUGAUACAAUUUUACGAGCUGUGUUUCUACACAGCACACUUGUUUUUUACUUCAGAUCUUCUGAUAAACAGCGAUUCGUUGUACAGUCCUAAAUUAAAAUUGUCAUUGGCGAGGAUUAAAGAGAAUCUGAUUAUUUGUGAAAACGAUACCGAAGAUAAAAUUAAAUUGAAUUCUAAUAAAGUACGGCAGCCGCAGCUCUCUUCCAUCGUGAACCUGACGCAACCAGAGAAACUUCACGGUUUGACCGAGCGUAUAGUAGCAGUGGAAUCUUUAAUAUUUUUAGGACAACAGUAUGAAGCUUUAAGGCCAUAUUUAGAGCAUCUUAUAGCAUCCAGUCCCCAGCGGGGAUUUCUUCAUCAGUUUUAUAUGCAGACAAUAGCAUCGACCGUGGAUUUAAGAAAGCCCGUGUACAUGGCGGUAGCAUCGCAAGCAUUAGAUAUAGCAAACAUUUUAAAUUUAAUGAAUAAAGUUAACUGGGAGGUGACCGAUGUCAUGUCCCAACAUAGCGGUUACAUCGACGAAUUACUUAAGGAAAUAUACAUUUUAAAUGAAAGGCUGAAGAAUAUUGGAAGUUGUCUUCCCUUGUCAAAUGAUGUAUGUAACGCUGUCUGGGAAAACGUUGCCCAUCUUAUUACUCACACUUUGGUGGAAGGUUUUUCUAUCGUGAAAAAAUGUUCGAACGGAGGCAGAGCAUUGAUGCAACUAGAUUUCACACAACUGAAAUCACAAUUCGAAGCUUUGACGUCUCUGAGACCGAUGCCGCACAGAGAAUACGUUGAAUUGUACAUUAAAGCAUACUAUCUACCAGAGAAUAUUUUAGAAGAGUGGAUAAAAGAACAUAAGGAAUACUCCGUCAAGCAUUUGAUCGGAUUAAUUUGCUCAGCGUGUCAAAAUAAUAAAAAAACUCGGCAACGAUUAAUAGCUUUAAUAGAAGAACAACGGCCCGGCAGAUAGCAUCAAGCUAUUCAUUACAGUAUAUGUCAAGAUUCCGUUGAAAUAGAAAUUGCUUGAAAGAUCAGUUUUACGAGGGGAAUGCUCGAAUCGACGCGAGCUCUGUUUUUAAUUGAAUCUGGUACAAAAUAUGACUCAUAGGAUCUGUUUAUACUCAUUACGAAGUACUUUUUGUAUCAGAUUUAUAAACGAAUUUUUCCGUGUAAAUAUUCGGGGAAAGUAGAAAAGUAUUACUAUAUCACUGAGGAGAACGAAUUGAGUUCGUACUUCCGUAACUUUCAUGACAAUUGCUUUUAUUCAGUGCUCUCGAAGCUUGGGUCCACUGAUACGAUGACCUAUAAUAGAUCUGUUGAGAAUGAAUUCGUAAAGAUAAAAGAAGAAUGUGAUACAAUUUAAAAUUCGAAUCUCUAGCACCGCGAGUCUACCGUACUGUUAUUGUGUAAGUAAUGUCAUUAACUGAACGAAUCUCAUAUCGGAAUUUAUAACUAUAAUUGGAUUCGUACGAUACUGUUAUGUAUAAACAAAUCAAUACAAUCAUGUAUUUUUCACUCCCUAUAAUAGAAGAGGUACACAAUUUAUCACAGUAUUAACAUGUCUUCUAAGUAAUGUAUGUAUGCAUAUAUAUAUGUAUACGUAUAUGUAUAUAUAUUGCGUGUAUGUAUAUAUAUAUAUAUAUCGUAUGUAUAUAUAUAUAUAUAUGUGAGCACCUUUAAAUUUGAAUAUUAUACAUAAAGGAUUCUAUCAUGUGAAAUCAUGUUAUGCUUUAUUUGCGUAUUUCUUUUUAUAUUUUAGUCGUCAACGAAAUGACGAUGUAAAUAAUUUCAUUUUAUAUUCAGUUUAUUUUUACACAUUUUUUUCAACUAAGAAACACAACGGUUUAAAAUAUUUUUAAAAUUAUACGAAAUUUUUUUAAAGUACACGACAAUACUCGAAAAUAUGUAUCUCAAAAUAAAUCUACACGCAAAAACUGAUUUACAAGAGUAUAAAUUGGAAAUAUAGCUGUUUUAUAUUGCACAAGAUUAAUAACAAAAUGGAUAGACAUGAUCAUCUCGACUUUUGAGAAUGUAGAAUUUUUUAGUUUCUGUCCGUGUAUUUUUUUUACUCGUUUUAGUGCGUAGAUUGAUUUUCUAAAAUACUGCUGUGCACUUAUUAAUAGUACCGCAGUUAAUAUAUUAUUUUUCUUAUAAAAACUAUGGGUCUGAUGAAUUUAUAAAAUAUUAUGAUUUAUUGCUUCUCUCUAAUGGUUAGAAUUUGUAGAUCAAAUGAAAACCACGUGUUAUUAUUCCUAUGUUUAUACGAUCGUCUCUCUGUUUCAAAUUACGUACAAAAUAUUAAUUGGAUAUCUGCGAGAAUUUUGUAAUAUAUUUUUAAAAAAGAUUUAUAAAUAUCAAGUGCAAUUACAAAUAUUUUGUUCGAAUACAUUGUGUUUCGCCAUUUAUCGCGAAAACGCUCUUAUAAUUUAAAGGUGUCUUUAUUAUACAAAUAAUAGUAAUAGUAAUAGUAAUAGUAGUAGUAAUAAAAAUAAUAAUAUAAUAAUAAUAAUAAUAAUAAUAAAAAAUAAUAAUAAUAAUAUACACGUACAUAUAUUUUUUCCAGGUUCAUCAGUUUCCAAUUUUGUAAAAAUUACCAUUAUUUGUCUUAUAAUAUUUACUAUAGUAUUACACUUAUUGUAUAUUUUUCUUGUACUAAAAACCAAAAAAUUCUAUUGCAUCUUUAGUAGAGCUAUUCACAAAAAUAUUUUAAAUGUUCGUCCUAUGGAGAGUGACACGUAUCGUCAUUCAGUUAACAACCUUUUAUAUCUGGAAAAUUUAUAUAAACAACGCGUGUGAUUAUCUCUUAUUUUGUAUAAUUCCUAUAAAGUAAAGCAAAUAGUUUCAGAAAACGAAGUUUUUCUUUUUUUCUUUUUUUUACAUGUGAAACAAAUCAUUGUAAAAUAUUAUCUGUCUUCUAUUUGUAAAUGUUGGUGCAUGAAGAAUUUUCUGGCUGAUAGUAAAGGUCAACGUUUCCGAAUAUUGAACUUCGUGGAUCGUUAUUGUUAAUGAAAUAAAAUUUGUUGUUGAUAAAAAUACACUUACGCUCUCUAAGCCUAUAUGUUUUUCUUCUUUUAAAAGCUUAAAUUAUGUAUACAACAGGACUUCACAAGUCUCCGCCCAUUUUUUAUAAAAUAAAAAACGGUCCAUCGAGUAAUUGUUAAGAAACGCUGAUAAUUUAUUUAAAAUAACUGAUUCUCUUCUUUACUCCAAAGCGUUUUAUAUUGAGCCCUGCAUUCUGAAUGGCCCCUGUUGAAACAAAUCGUUGGAAAAUAUAGAAGAUACGUAUGACACGACGUGAACAAUAAAUAUAAUGAUACCAAAUGCUUACUUUGACAAUAAAUAUGUUCGCCAAUAUUACAUGUUAAUA